AAAUAGUUGAUGUCAGUCUCGUUUGAUCUGUCGUCUAUAAAACUGCUGGUAAAACAUAAGCGGCAAUAUGUUUUGUAAGCUUGGGCUCUUAUCACUGGCCCCGUUAGUGAUAACAACAAUCCUAAGUGCGCAACUGGUAGAUGCUGAGGCAGCGCAUCGUUGGUUUUCAGGGGAACAUCAGAGUAAUGAGGAUCAGAGGGGAGCUUAUUACCAGGAGCAGAGAGGACACCACAAUCACGGGCAUUACCAUGGACAUCAUCACGGACACGAUUACAAUCCCAAUCAAUUAAACGAUCGUUUUCCGAGCAUCGGGUAUAAUGGCCCCCCAUUUUAUGGGCCCGUUUAUGGCAACCAGCAUCGAGGAGGUGCAUAUCCGGGCCAAGGGUUUGGAUAUCAAGAGCCUAGCGUUGGUAUCAAUGCUCAGCAAGGCCUUGGGUUCGGAGGUCGCAGUCCCAAUGGAGGUUACGGAGGACGCCCAGGUUUUGGGAAUGCUUACCAACCGAGGCCAGGAUACGGUGGUGGUGUCCCGCCCUAUCAGAGCGGUCAACCAGGUCAGGGAUAUGGUCCCAAUGGAUUUCAACAGCCUGAGCAGGGCUAUGCUGGGGGUCCAUUGCAACCACAGCCAGAAGUGCAACAACCUGGCGUAGGUCUUAUUUUCAACGGUGCACUGCAACCACGACCAGGACAAGGACUGCCAUAUCCUGGAGGACCCCAACAACCUAGCCAAAGCCAAUCUGGAAGCGUUGGAAAUACAUUACAACCACGGCCAGGACAAGGAACUGCAGAUCCCUUUGGCGUUCAAAAACCUGACGAAGGCUUCAGUUUCAACAAUGACAAUUCAUUCCAACCUCGACCAGGGCAGGGACUGACACAUCCAGGUACAGCCCAACUUCCUAACCAAAGUCAACCUGGAAGCAUUGGAAAUCCACUACAACCACGGCCAGGAAAAGGAACUACAGAUGCCUUGGGGGUCCAACAACCAGACGAAGGUUUCAGUUUCAACAAUGAAAAUUCAUUCCAACCUCGUCCAGGACAGGGAUUGGCACAUUCAGGUACAGCCCAACUUCCUAACCAAAGUCAGCCUGGAAGCAUUGGAAAUCCACUACAACCACGUCCAGGUCAAGGAACUACAGAUCCGUUUGGCCUUCAACAUCCCGACGAAGGCUUCAGUUUCAACAAUGAAAAUUCAUUCCAACCUCGUCCAGGACAGGGAUUGGCACAUUCAGGUACAGCCCAACUUCCUAACCAAAGUCAGCCAGGAAGCAUUGGAAAUCCACUACAACCACGUCCAGGACAAGGAACUACUGAUACCAUUGGCGAUCAACUAGUCGAGGAAGGUUCACUUUUCAACAGUGCCAUUCCACAACAACCUCGCUCAGGACAGGGGCAACCAUAUACGGGAGGACCUAUCCAAAGCCAACCUGGAAGCAUUGGAAGUCCACUGCAGCCGCGGCCAGGACAAGGAACUACAGAUCCAUUUGGGUUGCAACAACCCGACGAAGGGUUUAGUUUCAAAGGUGAAAAUUCACUCCAACCUCAAGGAUUGCCACAUUCAAGUGGACCAAACCAAAGUCAAUCUGGAAGCGGAAGUCCAUUGCAGCCACGUCCAGAACAAGGUCAAAUCGAACAGUCCUAUCCAAUUGGACUCCAGCAACCAAGUCAAGGUCAAUCUGGAAGUCCAUUACAACCACGACCUGGCCAAGUGAGCUCUAACUUAAUUUCUUUCCCGCAUGCAGAACAUACUGGCAAUGUUCCAUCUGGUGACUCCAUUCAAUCGCAUCCCAAAGAUUUCUCUGUUCAGCCACACUCUGGUCAUCAUAAUCAGACUUCGUCGAAUUUGGACCAAAGUUCGGAUAGCAAUCAAACUGACCACACUGUUGACGAUAAUAUUUUUUCUAUUUUUAAUACGAAAGAAAACGGGAUAAAACCACUCUCUGUGGACACUUUGCCACAAUCAAUAGAGGGACGUUUUCUCUUAUCCACCGAUCCAAAAUGUAAAGAAGGAUCUGAUGUUAGAAGCGGUCGCUGCCGCCAAAGUGCAUAAACUGCGCUUCAAAAAAACAAAUUGAAACUAAUCAGCUUUAAAGAUCAAACAACCUUUUUGUGAUUGGCUACAUAAAUAUUUAAUAAACAUUUUGAAAACGAUGCAUCAGUAAAUAUAA